CGCCCCCCGCCGCCGCUCCCUCGGCGCGGCCCGGCCUCCCCGGCGCCCCCAUACUCCCGUCGCACAGCUGGCACCCCGGCUCCCUUUCAGCCCCGGCGCCGCCGUCUCACCUGGUGUUUGCAUCUCGCCCUCCAACUUUGCCAUUGGCGGCGGCGCGACGUGUGGGAGAGCCCUGCGCCUCGCCCGCCCGGACCAGCCUGCCCCGGCGCCGAGGCUGUUCUCGUGGUUGGCUUGGCCCAGCAUGCAGUCUUGAACCUGGCCUAGGCCACACCCACUCCAACUCUGAAUAUCCUCCACGGAGGCUCAAAGAAGGCACUAGAUUGAUCCGAAGGUACCUGAAUAACAUCUCUUCGUCGAGAAAGCACCGCAGCUCCAGGGAGCCGGGGGACAGUCACUGUCAGCUCUGGCACAAGCCAGUAUGGCUAUUGCCCUGCAGCCCAGUGAUUUGGUGUUUGAGUUCGCAAGCAACGGCAUGGAUGACAUCCACCAGCUGGAAGACCCUUCAGUGUUCCCAGCUGUGAUCGUGGAGCAGGUCCCCUAUCCUGAAUUACUGCAUCUGUACUCGGGACUGGAUCUGGAUGACGUCCACAAUGGCAUCAUAAGGGACAGGACCUUGUGCAUGACACAAGAUCAGAUCCUAGAAGGCGGUAUUUUGCUGGCAGAUGACAAUGUGUCCACCUCACAAAAUGUGUCAUCUACUGAAGUCCUGUUCAAUGUGGAAUCUCCCAACGACGUCCUGGAUGAGAAGCAGAUCUUCAGCACACCUGAAAUACUUCAAGACUCAGACUCUGCACAGGCCAUCAGUCUGCCCAACCUCCUGUUUUCUGCCUCGGAACCUGAAGAGCCGAAGAAGACAAGCGAUGCUGGGGACCAGAAGGAACAGUCUCGGGAGGAGAGGGUCUCCAGAGAGGAAAGUCCUAAGAAGACGGGGAAGUCAAGGAAGAGAAGCCGGAAGACAAAGAACAGCCGAAGUACCUCACCUGUCACUGAUCCCAGCAUGCCCAUACGGAAGAAAUCCAAGGAUGGCAAAGGCAGCACCAUUUACCUGUGGGAGUUCCUCCUGGCUCUUCUGCAAGACAGAAACACCUGCCCCAAGUACAUCAAGUGGACCCAGCGAGAGAAAGGCAUCUUCAAGUUGGUGGAUUCCAAGGCUGUGUCCAAGCUGUGGGGCAAGCAGAAAAACAAGCCUGACAUGAACUAUGAGACCAUGGGCCGGGCUCUAAGAUAUUACUACCAAAGAGGAAUCCUGGCCAAAGUGGAAGGGCAGAGGCUGGUCUACCAGUUUAAGGAGAUGCCUAAGGACUUGGUGGUGAUCGAGGAUGAGGAGGAGAGCGCUGAAACACCGGAAGCCCCUCCCCAGGCCUCUACUUCGUCCACUUCGUCCACACCCUCCACCAGCACCAUCCGGAGAGCCAGCUCCAGGGUUGGAACCAGAACCUCCUCCCAGGACAAGGAUAGCCCUUCCUGGGAGAAGCCAAAGGUUCACCACACUGGUCUCCAGCCGUCCGCAAACCUGGAGUUAGGGCUGUCUGUGGACGAGGAGGUUCCCACGACCUCCACCAUGCUUAUCUCUCCACUACAGAGCCAGGCCAAGCUCACCAAAACUGUGAGUACUUCUUCAGUGCCCAGUAACAUCCACCUGGGAGUGGCCCCUGUGGGACCGGGCUCCACCGUCACCCUGCAGACCAUCCCGCUGACUACGGUGCUGACCAAUGGGCCUCCCGCCAGUACUACUGCUCCUACUCAACUGGUUCUCCAGAGUGUUCCACAGGUGUCAACGUUCAAGGACACCUUCACUUUGCAGGCCUCCUUCCCCCUGAACACCAGUUUCCAGGAGAACCAGGUGGCAACCCAAGGGGCCCCAUUGAUCCUCAGUGGCCUCCCUCAACUUUUGGCUGGGGCUAACCAUCCGAGCAACCCAGUACCCUCCCAGGUCAUAGGUGCUGGGUCAGCAGGGCCUAGCUCUCAGCCCCCUGGGACUGUCAUUGCUGCCUUUAUUAGGACUUCUGGUGGCACAUCAGUGCCUGGGGUAAAGGAGGGGCCCUUGAGGUCCCCCUCAUAUGUGCAGGGUGUGGUGACUGGGCCCCCUGUGGAGGGGCUGUUGGUUCCUGAGGAGACCCUGAGAGAGCUCCUGAGAGAUCAGGCCCAUCUUCAGCCACUUCAGGGUCAGGUGCUUUCAAGGGCUUCCCACAACCUGAGCCUUGUGGGGAACCAGACGUUCUCUCCCCCCAGCCGCCCCACUGUUGGGCUAACCCCCGUGGCUGAACUGGAGCUCUCAUCAGGCUCGGGGUCCCUGCUUGUAGCUGAGCCUAGUGUGAGCACAUCUGGGAGCCUGCUGACCAGAUCUCCAACCCCAGCCCCUUUCUCCCCAUUCAACCCCACUUCCCUCAUUAAGAUGGAGCCUCAUGACAUAUAAACAAAGGGAUCAAAAGUAUGACCUACAAGGCAAAAUUGUGAAGCAUUUUCAUGUGGACUUAAAUAAAUACCUGCCCUUACGUCUAAUGGGGUGGAAUACAUUUGAUACCAAGUCCCCAGGCCUGUUUUGACAUCGCCAUGAUCAAACUAUGCCCAGCUCAAGCAUCCCUGGCAUCAGACCAUGGCCUUCAAGAGCACUAGGGAAUAGAUAUACUCUUGGAAGGAUAAUGGGCUAACUUGGUGAUGGAGGGAAAGCCCCAAGCCAGGAAACAGCGUGUGGCCAGAGCUGGUCAGAGGCCGCAUGGGAAGAGUUAAGCCUGGUCAUACUUCGUUAUCUCUAUUCCCUACGCAGGGAACUUACCAUCCCAUAUGUGAAUAUCUUCGUACGCAUUUGUGUGCACUUGUGGAUCUGUGUCUUCAUUUCUUUGAGGAGGAUGGGAUGUCGAUGUCAGGUCUUUUCUUCAAGUAAGUGUGUGUGCGUGUGCUUGUAUGUGUGCAUGUGUCCGUCCAUUCCUAGGUCAGCCACAGACAUGAGGCAGUUUUAAGAGAAAGCUCUCUCUCUCUCUCUCUCUCUCUCUCUCUCUCUCUCUCUCUCUCUCUCUCUCUCUCUCUCUCUCUCCCACACACACACCCCUGCUAGCCACAAUGCCAUUCUGAGACUAGAAAGUGGCAGUUGGAUGCCCCCAGUCUAGAGAGAUGUCACAGAGAUGGAACAGGUCUAGGUAGGAGAGCUUCACUGGGUGCACAUGCCAGAGGACAUUGCUAAGGACAAGAGGUCACGUGUGUUAACAGCAUAGCGGAGGGAAAGGAGCACACCUAGCCGUGGGAGCAAUUGCUUGCCAUAGUCACAUUGCCAUCAGGCUGGAACCUGGAGUACUUCCCUGAAGGUUGUGGAGCAAAGUACUUCCCUAUAGUUAGCCCCAAUGAUAAACCCCCAGCCAGGCCUGAAUGGACUGAAUGCUUGUGGCCAGGGCUCUUGGCUGCUUGUGGAAGGUCGGCCUUGUGCUUGACAAUAGCUUUGCUUGGCACAGUGCUCUUCAUUCCCUAUCUCAGGUUCCCUCCUCAUUCCGUUUGCCCUGAGAUGUUCCACCUGGCACGAGUUGCUGAGGCUAGUGGGGUGGCACUCCAUCUCCAGCCACACAGUUCUGCUCUCUACCCCACCCUCUCCCUCUCACAGUGGCUGUGAAAGACUUCAGGUGGACCGUUGCUUUUCAUCCCCGGCUGUCCCACCUAACCCAGUUCUUCCUUCACCAAGAAGACAGAGCUAGCACACCUAAGUUCCCAUAGCUCCCAUCCGCACUACUCGACUCUUUGCUUCUAUUCUGUAUCUGCAAAGGGUUCUCCUAAUCUCUCUUAAGUCAGCCUCUCAGCUGAGGGCCUCCGUCUCCCUUCCUUGAAUCUGCUUGCCUCUCUCCUACCAGGUUUAGGGGCAAUGCUUAGAGAUGUCGGGCCCAGAAGCAACUCUAGCCUCUGGUGAAUUUGGUUAAUGUGAACCAGUGCUCCAGGACCUUUGCUAUGUCCUCUGUGCCAAAGCACCCACUUGACCUAACUACCUCCCUGGCUGGUCAUCAUUCUCCUCUACUGUUCUGUCUCCUUCCCUGGGGGAAGGAACCAUCUGUGGUUAUGCAGGUGCAUUUGCUACAUUCCCAGCAAUUGGCACUGAAGUGUCUGUGCUAAUAAAGUCAGCUUAUGAUGGCAAUCUCUUGAUUGUUGGAAAUAAGCAUCUUGAGAAAAGUUCAGCAUUGUUGUUGCUGUUAUUGUUGCUGUCGUUGUAUUUGGGUUUUAGUUUUUUGAGACAGUAUCUCAUAUAGUCGUUGUUGGCUUCGAACUUGCUAUGUAGGUGAAGAUGACCUUGAAAUUCUGGUUCUCUUGCUUCCACCUUGUGAUGCUAGAAUUGCAGGUGUGUAGCACCAUGCCCAGUUUUUGUGCUUCUGUAGAUCAAACCCAGGGCUUUGUGCAGGCUAGACAAGCAUGCUUAUCAAUUGUGCUACACCCCCAGCUCAGCCAGUUUUAAUGAGCACAAAGGCACAGUGUGAGUUGGGGUGGUCCUGCAGCAACCUGGAAUGUAAUAUCUGUAUAUACUUCCUAACUUUAAGGAAAUUAUCUUAGGGCCAUCAAAACUUUUUAUAGUACAAUCAUCUUCUCCAUGGUUCUCAGUCCUUGUUAGCCCACACUUGCCGUGCGUCCACCUAUUGUACUUUGUUUCUGUGUGGGCUCCUCAUCAUCUCUUUAUAUGUGGGUGUUCUCCAAGGAUCCCACCAUUGUCAUGGGCCAGGCCUUUGAAAUGAGUUUGCAAUCCAGAGCCUACUUUUCUAAGUCCGUGGCUCACAGCUCUAGUGAGCUGCUUCCUGACCUAGACUUGAGAUCUCUGAGAUGUCUGGUGGCUACCUGCACGUGACCCUGUCCCUCUCCUUAUCUCCUGACAUCCAGCCUGCCUUCAUUCCCAGAGCAUGCAGCCUAGCUCAUGCUGCUCAGCACCCUGUCCAGUGUGACUUCUCAGUACUUCUCAUCUCGCAGGCCACUUAUUCUGUCCUUUUCUGCUAAAAGGCCUUCAGUGAGUCCUGGCCCGCAGGUAGGGCCAAGAUUUCAAAUACCCUCCAGGCUUUUCUAGAGGCCUAGCAUUAACCCUUUAGUUUCUUAGUCAUGACAUGGCCCAAGGGGUCCUGCAGGAAUUGGGGAGCAUUUGGAGAGCUAUGGGCAGUAAUUCUAGAAAGAUCUGAAAUUUGGUGUCAGCCUCACCAGGAAACAAAGCUCAAAGCUGGUGGUCCUGUGUAAUAUUCCCCACCCCACUCCAAGGUACUGCUCCAAAAGGAUUCCCUAGUCUUUGAAUUUAUUACUGCCAUAAAUUCCCACCUAUCGUUUUCUUUCCUGGGUUCUGUUCAACCAAAAUGUCUUCUCUCCUCACUGACAACUAAAAAUUGUGUCUCAAGACUGAAUUCGGUAGAAGCAGCCAGUUCUUAAGUUUAAUUCUUUUUUUUUU